CUAUGACAGGGGUUCCACAUUCAACGUGUUCGUGGGAAAGGGCCAACUUAUUGCUGGGAUGGACAAAGCUCUGGUUGGCAUGUGUGUGAACGAGAGGCGCUUCGUGAAAAUUCCCCCCAAGCUCGCCUACGGAAGCGAAGGCGUCUCUGGUGUGAUACCCCCGAACGCUGUGCUCCAUUUUGAUGUGCUUCUCAUAGAUCUGUGGAAUUCAGAGGAUGAAGUGCAGAUUCAGACUUAUUUUAAACCCGAGACAUGUCCCCGGACAGUCCAGGUCUCUGACUUUGUACGAUACCAUUAUAAUGGAACGUUUUUAGAUGGGACCCUGUUUGAUUCCAGCCAUAAUCGUAUGCGAACUUAUGAUACCUAUGUUGGGAUUGGAUGGCUGAUUCCUGGUAUGGAUCAGGGUCUCUUGGGAAUGUGCGUAGGGGAGAAGCGCAUUAUCACAAUACCACCCUUCCUGGCAUAUGGAGAAGAAGGAGACGGUAAGGAGAUCCCCGGCCAAGCUUCUCUGGUCUUUGACGUGGUUUUACUAGAUCUCCAUAACCCUAAAGAUGGUAUUACUAUUGAGAACCAGCACAUACCUGAAACCUGUGAGCGGAGAAGCCAAACAGGAGACUUUCUGCGAUACCAUUACAAUGGCACACUUUUGGAUGGCACGUUGUUUGAUUCCAGCUAUUCGCGAAAUCGUACAUAUGACACCUAUGUUGGGAAAGGCUAUGUGAUUGCUGGGAUGGAUGAAGGUUUGCUAGGUGUAUGCGUUGGUGAAAAGAGACGAAUAAUAAUCCCUCCUCAUCUUGGAUAUGGAGAAGAAGGAAGAGGAAAGAUUCCAGGAUCUGCAGUGCUAGUCUUUGACAUCCAUGUGGUUGACUUCCACAACCCUUCAGAUUCGGUCAGCAUUACCGUUAACUAUAAACCUUCCAACUGCACUGUACUGAGCAAGAAGGGAGAUUACCUGAAGUAUCACUACAACGCUUCACUCCUAGAUGGUACUUUGCUGGACUCGACACUUAGUCUUGGCAAGACCUACAACAUAGUUCUAGGAUCUGGACAGGUGGUGGUGGGGAUGGACAUGGGCCUUCAAGAUAUGUGUGUUGGAGAGCGGCGGACAGUUGUUAUUCCACCUCAUCUUGGGUAUGGAGAAGAUGGAGUUGAAGGAGAAGUGCCUGGUAGUGCUGUCUUAGUUUUUGACAUUGAACUGCUGGAACUGGUGUCUGGAUUGCCUGAAGGGUACAUGUUUGUGUGGAACGGUGAAGUCUCUCCCAACCUCUUUGAAGAAAUAGACCAGAAUCACGAUGGAGAGGUUCUUUUGGAGGAGUUUUCAGAGUACAUUCAAACUCAAGUCGAUUCUGGCAAAGGAAAACUAGCUCCGGGUUUUGAUUUUGAAAAAAUUGUUAAGAAUAUGUUCACCAAUCAGGACCGGGAUGGAAAUGGUAAAGUUACAGCUGAAGAAUUCAAGCUGAAAGACCAAGAGGCCAAAGAGGAACAUGAUGAACUGUAAAGCUAAGAAAAGGCAGGGUAUUGAGUUGACCGGCUGUUAGAAUGCAUCUGUCCUGGAAGGGGUUUAAGCAAGCGUUUCUGAAAGGUUAACGCACAGACGGGGUGUAUGUACAUGUUCUGCGUGUGCUGGUGCAUAUAUGCUGGGUAGACUGUUAAAAUGGGAAGAGAUUUUAAUUUGGAAUUGCUAGGUAUAUUGCAAAAAAAAAAAAUGAGUGAGUGCCUCAAGAUGGGAUUUAUAAACUAAUAGAGUGUACUGCCAAACAUGGUUUUGUGAACCAUGUGGUUUAUUUUUAUAUUGAAGAUUGAAAGUCAUCACUGAACGAUGCACAGUCACUUGGAUGGAUGGUAAGGAGAAAACUUACAGGGUGCUCUUAAGAGAGUUUUAAAAGACCUUUGGUUUUUAAAAAUAUUUCUGCAGGAGAAUAAACCAGAAAAUAUUCCCCAUGAAAAUAACCUGUAAAAAUUGUGAGAGAUUGACCCCAGUUCCUUUUGGAAGGCAGGAACACUCUUUCCAGUAACUGGACCAACUCAUAAAUAUCUGCCAGCAGGAACUCUGAUUUGCAAAUUACAGAACAUGCAAAUGAUAGCUAUGCCAUUGGAAAAUUUUCAUAAGCUGUGAACUUAAAUUAAACAGGUCGAGAAUUGUAGUUGUGUAUGUGCUGGGCUUUUACUUUACAAAAUAAAAGCUUGCUACCAUCUGUAUCAUAUUUAAUUAGUACCUUUGAGUCUUCUUGCUGGCGUGUUGAAGCAGUGUUCAGAACAGUGAUUCCCAAACCCUUCUAGUUGCAAUCUUAUUUAUAGUUUUGUCAGACUCUAAAUAUUAGUACUAAGGGGUCCAAAUACUGUCAUAAAUACUGGAUGAAAUUGAUUUUACCUUGGGCUUCUGUCUCCUAUUUUGGGAAUUGUUAGACUAAGGAGUCAGUACUUAGAUCUUAUGCAGCAGAGCAGUCUGGCACGGUGAACAAACAAAAAGACAGUGAUAAAAUCAAGAAAUGGACCCAUCUGUUUGUGCCUGCAAAUGUUCUCGUGUAUCCCUCAAUACAAAAUUAGUCCUGGGAGUGCUGCUUAGAGUGUGUGAAUGCUUAGAGUGUGUGAAUGAUACAAUCCUCCAUUAGAUCUAUAAAUGUAACAAGCUGUUUAAUACAAAAUACACUAAAUAGGCACAUUUUUCUAGAAAACUGUAUGAUCCCCCCACAGUAUGCUACAUUUAAAGAGCAUGAAUACCUAUAGUGCAACACUGACAAAGACAAGUAGGAAGGGAGUUGUGUUUCCAUUAUAUGCUUUGUAUCUAGUUUCUUGCUUUCCUUGAUCUGUACAUGUGGGUUGUUAGCUCCCUGAGAUGCUCUUUUUGCAAACUGCUAUUUCAAUUGGGUGAAAACAUUUUGUAUUGAUUUUUAAUAUCAUUGUUAUAGAAAAUGAAAAAUGAAAAAUUUUUUGGUUUUGGGUUUUGAUAUGUUGGAUAACUGAUGUUUUUGUUACAUAAAAUGUUGAUCAACUAC